AUGAAUGGAAGGAUUAUAGAAGUGAAGGAUGAAGGAAAGAGAAUAAUGCAGGGGAAGUCACGUCAUCUACGUGCCAUUGAAUUUGAAGGCCAUGUAUCGCUGAUAGAUAAAACCCUGAAGCCCCACGCACGUGCCAGGCUCAGAAAUGUUACUAGACUUUUAAAUGCCUAG